UCUAUAUAUAUUUGAGCGGUGGCAGUGUAUUUGGGCGGAGUAAGAUCAAACAAUGGCAGAAGCAGAGAUGAGCUACAGAGGAAAGAGGUGGUCUCUGCAGGGGAUGACCGCUCUUGUCACUGGCGGAACCCGUGGCAUAGGGCGUGCAAUUCUGGAAGAAAUGGCUAGCUUUGGGACAGCUGUCCAUACUUGUUCCCGUAACCAAACAGAGCUCAAUCAAAGCUUGGAAGAAUGGAAGACGAAGGGCUAUAGCGUGACAGGGUCAGUCUGCGACCUCACCUCUCCGCCCCAGAGAGAAAAGCUCAUGGACGCCGUCUCCUCUGUUUUCCAGGGGAAGCUCAACAUCCUCGUGAACAACGCAGGGACAACCAUACCCAAGGAAGCCAUAGAUUAUACCGAUGAAGACUACAGAACCAUAAUGGGGACUAAUUUGGAUUCAGCAUACCAUAUCUGCCAGUUGGCGCACCCUCUUCUGUAGGCAUCGGGCAAUGGUAGCAUUGUAUUUAUAUCCUCUGUGGCUGGAGUGAUUGGUAUACCUCUUUCCUCCGUCCAUGCAGCUUCGAAAGGUAAGUUUAAACCUCACUCCUGGAUUCAUUUUCUGUCAUGCCCUGUUCCCUCUGCCUUAAUCAUUUUCAUGUUGACUCUGUGGGAUUACAGCGCCAAUCCGAAAAUUUGUUUGAAAUUUAGGAAAAAAUUAAUAAAAUUUUUAUUUAAAUUAACACAUUCAAUCCAAAAAUUUCUAAUCUAUACUCCCAAAUACUUCUUUUAAGUUUAAAUUUGCUUUCUCAGGGACUCUAUUAAAGCCUCCUGCCCUGUCCUAAUUUUUAAUUCUUUAUUAGUUGCAAUAGGUUGAAUAAACUUAGGAUGUGUUUAGUAGGAGGUGAAUUUUAGUUUUUUCCUUUAGAUUUUUAUAAAUUUAUACAAAUUUUAUAUACUUUCGAGCAGUUCAUAAAAAAUUAAAUUUAAAGUUUGAUUUCUAAACUCCUAAACAUUGCUUGGUGGAGUUCAGACUACUUUGCAAGCUAAUAAAUUAGUAUUGUGCUAAAAGAAAUCAAACACCACCAUCAUUAUAAAUUAGUUGCGCGGUGAAAGGAGUCACACAUUGCAAUUGCACGACCGUUGUAUUUUGUCGGGACAAGAAAAACUCAUAUUUAAAUUUGUUUACACUCCACAGCAAGAUCCUCUUGCAAAGGAAGAAAUUGAAAGAUUGAUCUCGAAAACUCCCAUCAAGCGUAUUGGGGAAGCUAAUGAAGUUUCGUCACUCGUAGCAUUUUUGUGUUUUCCAACUGCUUUGCACAUCACUAGACAAAUUAUUUGCGUAGACGGUGGAUACACAGUCAAUGAGUGUUAAUCGAAUUUUUUAAAUUUUAAAAUAAUAAUGAAUUAAAAUAAGAACUCUUUAAAAUUUUAUUGUUGAUGAAUCAAUUGCUUUGAUUUUCACAAUCAGUCAAAAUAAGGUAUUGUUUUGCUAAUGAAAAGUCGUUGUGUUGUCUCAUGUUUCAACAUUUUCAUGCUUGUAAUCAAUGCUUUGAAAUAUUAAUAAAGACUUAUACAUUGCCUUGUGCUUUUU